AUGCUCCUUCUGCUCACUGAAUCAACUUUAUUUUGGCUGAACCUUACUUGGAAUGUUAGUGCCCCAAACAAUAGGACUCUUUUGGCUGGUCAUGUCAAGAGCUGGGCCAGCAGUGUUGCACCUGUUGGAAAUGGUACCCCCCACAAUUCUGUAACAUUGGGCUCCCAAGUUCAAACCGAUGGGAUGCCUAACCUGCCCCAUUCCACUGUCUCAUCCUUAACAACUAAAGCCACCAGUGUCAGCUCAGAAAUUUCUGUCACAGAGGAUGAUCAGGAGCAUGCUAUGUCACAGGAAAGCACUGAAUGCCAUAUGAUCAGCAACAAUGUUCCUGCAGUGGCCCAUGAUGAGGAUGAACAUUACUUUGGGGACCCCCUUACCAUCUCCACUGAGUUUAUGUGGUACCAGAAGCCUGUUGAGGCUAUGGCACAUGCUACUAACACAAGUGCUGAUGCCAAGAGUGAUCUUGAGGUCGAAAAUCCUAUUUCCCAUGCAGUGCAGGCUGGCUUGAAGUGCAGGCACACCAAUCACAACAACAUUGAAUAUGUCUUCUCAUCCAAAGUUGAGAAUGUGGAUGAUGGGGGUUCUUUCUGUGACCUCUGUGAUGUAAAUGUUUGCAUGAAGGUUGUAAAGGAGUCAUGUGUUACUACAAUGACUAAUAUCAGAAUUGACAAGCUGGUGAAGAAAGUGAAGGAAUCAAGGGAGUUGGCCUUAGCAAGUUCCACAUCAGAUCAGCCACUUUUGAUGGGGACCAACAGCAUGACUUGCAGGUGCAUAUGUUUCAUCAAUGCAAACUUGCCUGAAGAGCUGCAAGAGGAUAGAAGAUGGUCAAAACAAAUGCUUCCCACUCUCCUCAUGUGGGCCAGGUCCUUCCCUGAUCCAUGGGCAAUCCCAGAUCUGGAGCUCAUGACUGCCCUUCAAAUUAUCAUGACCUCCCUUGUCUUGGAUUUUGAUUCUCAUGCAGUAUGCCCAGGGAUGCUGACUUUCAUGCUGGCAACUUGGCAACUCAGUCUGUGGCACAGCAACUUUGGCUCUACCACCAUCACACUCAUUGCUCAUUUUCUUAUGUUGGAUCUGGAUGAUGAUGCAUGGUCCACCACUGCUGUCAGGUGA